GCAUCCACUAUAGCUAAGUCCGGUGGGGCAGACUGUGAUGCGACGCGCAAUAGGCAGUACCGGGCCUGACACUGCCAGUCGUGCUGCCCGGUCCGUUCUCAGCCUCGGACGGGGCAGAUGGAGGAGCCUUGGACCCUUGGUUAUUCAAACGCUAGCAUGGCGGAACAGCGGUUAUUUGGGCUAUUUCCAGAGCUUCUCUCCCCGGCUGCGAUAGCGACCGGGCCACGCCUGCCCGCCCAUGGCCGCGGUGCCUCCACGCCCCGGCCCGGGUCCCGCUCGGCUCGGCUCUGGGCGCUUCCCCGCGGCCAGCGGCGUGGGAGCGGGGGACGUCAGCCUGAGGGGGCCGGUCCUGGGCAGGGCAGGGCGCCCGCGUCCCGUCCCUCCCCGCCCCUCGCCGCGGCUCCCUCCCUCCGGCUGGGGGCGGCCGGGUCGGCCCUCGCCGGGAUCCCAUUCCUCCUCCCUCGGUGCAUGGUCGCGGCGGGAGCGGAGGAGGGUGAGCCCGGCGGGGCGCGGGCCGGAGGCGGCGGCGAGAGCGGAGCCCCAGCGCGGAGGAGCCGCCUCUGCCCGGCAGCGGUUUCGAGCUCCAGAGUGACAAGAUUCAACGGAUGCCGCCCUGGAAGUACUUGGGCCUGGAAAUCACCAAGAGGACCAUUGUGCCUCAGAAAUUGGCCAUUCACCCCACAGUGAAAACCUUAGCGGACGUCCAUCAACUGUGUGGGGCGUUGAAUUGGUUGACCUGGACCCAUGGCUCUCAUCUAUCUCGUCACCAUACUCUUUGCCUGGGUCCUGUGAGCUUAUCUCCUGGGAGACUAGCUAUCAGGAUGAGGCAUUCCGGGAUGGGCCAGGUCAACUGCAAGAACUGUGAUGUUAGUUUUGCUAAUUUUGUUCAUUAUUUCAGUUGCCACUUCUGUUUUCUGGACUCUGUUAAAGAAACUUUCAGUCACAUUAACAUCAAUCCCAGCAAGAGACCGAGAAGUCUUGUUUGGAAUACCAUCGACAGACGAAGACAAUUACGUUGAAAUGAUUCCUCCUCCACGAACUCAAGACUCCUCGAGUGAGCCUUCUCACGAUGAAGAAGAAGAGAACAUUGUUUACUGUUCCCUUUUUGAGUGUUCCGUUAAUCUAGUUGUCUCCCUCCUUCAUUUUCUUUUGGUGUAAAAAAGGGGGAGAUGUUGCGGUGUGACCACUUUUCUGUUCAUAGUUUAGUUUAUUAUUCAAGUUAUAAUUCUAAUGUUAAGAUUGGCAUGUUCUGUUCCCUCCAUGUUAUGUUAAAAUGGUUCUGCCUUGGGCUCCCUCCCUGCCUUCCCCCCUUCUACAGUUAUGUGUCAAUCCCCUGGUUGCCUAGGGAACUCCCAGCAUUUUGUAUCAAUUAUUAUGUCAGUCUUUAGUCCCCUCCUUAGUUGCCAUGGCUUCUUUGUAAACCCCCCAUGUUUCCCCGGUGACCUCCCUGUCCAUCACUCUUUGCCCACACCCCAUCCCUAGAACCUUCUACCGUGGGCGGAAGGUGAUUGGAGCAGGAGUUGCUGUCCCUCCCCAACAAGCCUCCUAUUUGUUACUAUGUCAUAUCAAUCACUCAGUUCUGUUAUGUUACUGGCCAGGGGGUGGGUCGCUCCUCCCUUCUGGAAGCUUUUAUCAUCGUGUGCAAGUUCCCGCCCCCCCGGGCAGAUCCCUGCAGCCAUGCUCCUUUCCUGAAUAAACCCAGAUACCGCUGCGGAGAUCUGCCUGCCUCCUUGCCUUUCUUUGUGCCUGUGCUUCGCUGCUGCGUUUGUCUUGCCUGUCUAACAAGGUGCCGCAUUCCCCGCCAUGAUGCGAGGGAGAGCGCCUUAGACAGCCAUACGCCCCGCCCGUCUCCUGCCGGGAGCCAGAGCUGAGCUGCCACAUGGCUGUCACACCGAGGCUGCUGAAGUGCCUUUCUGUGGGCUAGUUUGGGCUUAGACUUUCACACACUGCAGCAGCUACAGUGGUCCCAAAACCAACAUCUGAGGAACACCAGCCCUGGUUUCCACUUGGACAUGAGUUUUGACUGAAACUCUUUGACUGCAACCAUCCAGCCAAUUCUUAAUCUGCUGAGUGGUCCAUCUGUCAAAUACAUGUCUUUCCAGUCUAGAGACAAGGACCAUGUCAGAUGCUUUUCACAAGUCCAAAUAUGUGAAAUCAGUUGUUCGUUCCUCAUCUGCGACAGUGUAAUCCCAUCAUAGAAGGCCAGAUUCAUCAGGCAUGAUUUGCCCUUUGUGAAGCUGUAUUGGCUGUCACCAGUCACCUCCUUAUUUUCCAUGUGCCUUAACAUAGUUUCCAGGAAGAUCUUCUCCAUUGUCUUGGUGGGCACAGAGGUGAGAAUGAUUGGCCUGUAGUCUUACUCUUCUACCCCUUUUUUUUAAGUGGAGGUUACAAUUCCCUUUUUUCAGUCAGUGGGAACUUCACCAGACUGCCACAACUUCUCAAAUGUGGUGGAUAGUGUCCUGUUUACUCAGAAUGUAUCUCAUCACAUCCCAUGGACUUCUGCACUAUUAGGUUACACGGACAUGUGCACCUUCAGUUCCUGAGGAUGGUUGCAAACCUGAUCUUGUCCUACAGUGUGUGGUUUCUCUCUCAGCCUUUCCUCAGAAGAAAAAUACUCCAGUCCCCUAACCAUAACCCUGCAGUCUACAACUUCCUCGCAAGCUGAAAUGGUUAAGUGUUGAUUUCUUUGCUGAGCAGUGGUAUGACAUGGGAAACCAGCAUGAAGCUGUAUUUCCUGGAUAUCAGGAAAAGGUUCUUCACUCUGAGGGUGGCUGGGCACUGGAACAAGCUCCCCAGAGAUGUGGUCACAGCACCAAGCCUGACAGAGUUCAGGAAGUGUUUGAACAAUGCUCUCUGUCAUAUGGAGUGAUUUUGGGGAUUAUCGUGCACAGAGCCAGGAGUUGGAGUCUACUUGUGGGUUCCAUCCAACUCAGGAUAUUCUAUGAUCCUAUGAUGAUCUUUGUAGUCCUUCACUGGACCCUCUCCAGUAGUUCCAUGUCUUUCUUAGCCUUCUGCAAUUCAAGCAGCGUAGCUGGAGAACUUGCCAGUGAGAACUGAGGCAAAAAAAUUACAGGGUACCUCAGCUUUCUUCAUGUCCUGGGUAACCACAUCUCCUGUUUCCUUGCAGAGAGGGACCACAUUUUACCAUCUUGCUUUUAUCACAAACAUAGCUGUUGAAGAAGCUUUUCUUGUUGUCCUUGAUGUCUCUGGAGAGGUUCAAUUCUAUCAGGGCUUUAGCUUUCCUAGCCGUAUCCCUAGCUUCUCAGACAUUCUGUCUAUAUUCCUCCCAGGCUACCUGUCCUUGCUUCUGCCCUUUGGUUUAUGUCUGUCUGCAAACUCCUUGUUCAUCCAUGCAGGCCUGGCAUUUCUGCCUGACUUCCUUCUUGUUGGGACGCAUAGUCCCUGAGCUUGGAGGAGGUGAUCCUUGGAUGUUAGUGAGUUUUCUUGGGCCUUUCUCCCAGCCAGGGCUUUGUCCCAUGGCUGCUUCACCAAACUGAUCCCUGAAGAGUCUGAAGUCUACCCUCCUGAAGUCCAGGGUUUGUGCUUUUUCUUAGUGCUGUCGUGGUUGGAGUGAUGUCUAGAAUAGCUGCGUUUCUAGCCAAGCAAAAGUGACCUGGUAGUCAAAUAUUACCCGUGUGCAUAUAAUCUCUUACAACCAACAUUUUUACCAUUCCAGCCACCAGUACUAAUCAUGAGUAUUGUUUUAAUGUUUUUGUCUCUGUACU